GAUAUCACGUGACUCAAAAGUCCAGUUCGAUUCUCUCGUCUGUCUCAUAUUACAUAACCCGCUUUAGCCUUAGUGUUGAUGCUUUUUUUACGACAAUAAAGUACAAUAAAGGAUAAACAAUGGCAAACAUCGUGCCUCAAACCUGUAGGAAUGCCCUAAAGCAGGUUCGAGGGCUACAUGUGUCUGCUGUACAAAAUUCGGAGGCUAGGUUGAAAACUUUCUCGAUUUAUCGAUGGAACCCUGACAAACCCAAUGAAAAACCUUAUACUCAAGAUUACAAGGUUGAUUUGAACUCAUGCGGUCCUAUGGUUUUGGAUGCUCUGAUCAAGAUCAAGAAUGAGAUCGACCCAACUCUUACGUUCAGAAGAUCCUGUCGGGAGGGAAUAUGUGGCUCUUGUGCCAUGAACAUUGGCGGUACAAACACACUUGCUUGUAUAAGCAAGAUCGACAGUGACUUGACUAAGAAUGUUAAAAUUUAUCCUUUGCCGCACAUGUACAUUGUUAAGGAUCUCGUUCCGGAUAUGAAUAAUUUUUACACUCAGUAUAAGAACAUACAGCCCUGGUUGCAGAGGAAUGACGGCAAAAAAGUUGGCACUCAACAGUACUUGCAGAGUGUUGACGAUCGUAAAAAAUUGGAUGGUCUAUACGAGUGCAUUCUUUGCGCUUGCUGCAGUACAUCGUGCCCGUCGUACUGGUGGAACGGUGACAAAUAUUUAGGACCCGCAGUACUUAUGCAGGCUUAUCGGUGGAUAAUUGACUCACGAGACACCCAAUCGGCUGAACGUCUCGACAAACUGCGUGACGCUUACUCCGUCUAUCGUUGUCACACAAUUAUGAACUGCACUCGCACCUGUCCAAAGGGAUUGAAUCCCGGUCGAGCUAUAGCCGAGAUCAAAAAACUCCUGGGUAACGUGAUCCAAAAAGGAAAACCCGGACUCGACACAACGGCGUUGCAUCAUUGAGUUUAAAAAUGGAAAUUCAGGAAAAACGUAAUAAUGUCUCGCCAAGUAAUGAUCCACUCAUAGGAGAACUUAUAGGAUGAAAAAUGCCUUUUCUUAAUAAUUAUUAUGUCAUUUUGGAUUGAAGCUGCAUAGAAUAAAACGUUUUAGAAUCUAGCGUCAACGAAAA